AUGGCUGCAUCCUUGGUGUUCAGACUGCAUGACAGAGGACCCGAGCUGGUGAGGGAGGUGCUCCUGGAGAGAGGGUGGGAGGAGUACGAUAAAGGAGAGCGGGGGGAGGAAGACUGGAACCUGUACUGGCGAGGCUCUCCAUUUUGCAAUUCGCAAUAUCGCAACCUGCUGCCAUGGCAACGCCUAAACCACCAUCCCAAAACUGUUGGCAUCACACGCAAGGACUGUUUGGCACGCAACCUGAAGAGAAUGAAAGCUGCUUUUGGUUCAGCUCUUUAUGACUUCAGUCCCACCACUUUCAUUCUCCCCAGUGAAUACACACGCUUCCUGGCUGAGUACAACAGACUGCGUAUGGCCAGAGGAACCUCGGCCUACUGGAUUGUUAAGCCUGUGGAUCUCUCCAAAGGCAAAGGGAUUUUCAUCUUUGAGGAUAUUAAGGACUUGGUCUAUGACUGCGCUGUUGUCAUUCAGAGGUACAUCAGCAACCCUCUGCUGAUCUCUAGCUACAAGUUUGACCUGAGGAUUUACGUGUGUGUGAAGAGCUUUCGUCCGCUGACUGUUUACAUUCAUCAAGAGGGCCUAGUGCGUUUCGCCACUGAGAAGUAUCAUCUGUCAUCUUUGCAUAACCUGUAUUCUCACCUCACCAACACCAGCAUCAACAAGUUUGGUCCCUUCUACAAAACUGAAAAAGGGCAGGUAGGAAAGGGAUGCAAGUGGACCAUGAGCAAGUUCAGGCAUUUUCUCCAAAGCCAAGACAUCAAAGAGCUUCUUCUGUGGCAGAGGAUCAACAACAUUGUCACCCUGACCCUCCUCACCAUUGCUGCCUCUGUGCCCUCCUCUCCAAACUGUGUGGAGCUGCUUGGAUUUGACAUCCUCAUAGAUGCCAAGUUCAAGCCCUGGCUGCUGGAGGUCAACUACAGCCCGGCACUCACGCUGGACUGCCAAGCUGAUGUUUCAGUGAAGAAAAAGCUAGUCGGCGAUCUCAUAGAUUUGAUGAACUACACAUCGACUGACGGCUUAAGAGACAGGGCUUAUCAGAAAUGUGGGUACAAGCAGCCUUUCAAAGCCAACCACCCCUCUGCACCUGUGCUCUCCAAGUUAAACCAUCAGAAGAAAAGAAAAGGUAACAAGGACUCAGAAACUCAAACUCUCCCUCUGCUAAAAGCUCCCUGUCAGCCUGCAAAGAUGAACAAGAGACAGUUUAAACAGUGCGACUUUGUAGCCAACUACCAAAGACGCCUUCCUUCUGUUGACUUCGCUGAGAUACAUGAAGCCAGAUGCAGAAUAUUUAACACCAGUGCUGUCAAAACCCACACCGACCAGAAGCGGAACCUGAUCCCGGGCCCGGAUUCAAGGACAAAUGAGUCAGCGUUGAACAGACAGUCAUUGCCACCUCUUGCAUCGCGCCUAAUGGACAACGAGAGUCUUUACGUGUCUGAUGUUACAAACCAUGACAACAGUGAAACAGAAGCUGAGAGGGAGCGCUCAGGAGAGACAGACGUUUCCUCUUCAAUACUUGACACCCAGGAGAGAGGUCAGGGAGUCAGACGCGGGAGCCAGAGGCCAGCUCGGAUCGCUGUGGAGAGAACCAGAGGGAAUGGACAACAUGUGCCACCAGUCCGAGUUGGAGACUUCAUCAGGACGUUUCCAUUUAACGUGGCCACUCUGAAGGCCUCACAGCACAAACUGGACAUUACAACAGUCCUACAGGAGAUUCACAGGCUGACUGCUCGGCUGAUUUCAGGCCAAUCAGACAAGAUGAAGAGCAGGGGAGAAGAGGAGGUGAUGGCAGACAUGGAUGCUGAUAAUGACUUUGAUUCACUGUUGUGGGGACCAAAAGAUCCUCCACUGAUCAGUCAGUGCUUCAAAUCAACUUAA